GAGAGAGAGAGAAAAAGAUAUCUACCUUAGGGAAGAACCUCAGAGAAGAGGGAGGGAAGAAGAGGACGGGUAGGAGCGUGAGUGCAAGAGACACUUAUUCUCUUAACUGCUAGGAGACAAGACACACUUUUCCUGGCCCGACUCAAAGAAAAAAAAAGGGGGAAAAACAGGAGCAAGAUUACUUUUUUUUCUCUCAUACAAUAUCAUUUUAAUUUUUCUUUUCCCCCCUUCAUUCAACAAAUCAAGAAGCUGCCCCCCUUUGGAAACUUCACUGCCUUCACCACCACUGGAAGUUCUAUGUAUUGAUCCUCCUCCUCUCAUCACACCACAACAACAACACUCUGCAACGACAAUAACAAAAAAAAAGAAAAAAGAAAGGCUUACCUCAUGGAUUUGUAUCUGAUUGGAUAUUUGAUGUGUGUGUGGUUGUCCAGCUCGCGGGUGCUUGGAGGCUAUCCCAUCUGGUGGUCCCUGGCCCUGGGGCAGCAGUACUCGUCUCUGGGCUCCCAACCCAUCCUGUGCGGCUCCAUUCCUGGCCUGGUGCCCAAGCAGCUGCGAUUCUGCCGCAACUACAUCGAGAUCAUGCCCAGCGUCGCCGAGGGGGUCAAGCUGGGCAUCCAGGAGUGCCAGCACCAGUUCAGGGGCCGCCGGUGGAACUGCACCACCAUCAAGGACAACCUGGCCAUCUUCGGCCCCGUGCUGGAUAAAGCAACCAGGGAGUCUGCCUUCGUCCACGCCAUAGCUUCGGCGGGCGUCGCAUUCGCGGUGACUCGGUCCUGCGCUGAAGGAACGUCCACCAUGUGCGGCUGCGACUCCCACCACAAGGGGCCUCCGGGCGAAGGCUGGAAGUGGGGCGGCUGCAGCGAGGAUGCAGAGUUUGGGGUGCUGGUGUCCAGGGAGUUCGCAGACGCCAGAGAGAACCGACCGGACGCUCGAUCGGCGAUGAACCGGCACAACAACGAGGCGGGACGCACAACUAUCCUCGACCACAUGCACCUGCGCUGUAAAUGCCACGGCCUCUCCGGAAGCUGCGAGGUGAAGACGUGUUGGUGGGCGCAGCCAGACUUCCGCAUGCUGGGCGACUACCUGAAGGACAAGUACGACAGCGCCUCGGAGAUGGUGGUGGAGAAGCACCGCGAGUCUCGAGGCUGGGUGGAAACCCUGCGAGUCAAGUACGCCUUCUUCAAACACCCGACCGAGCGCGACCUGGUCUACUACGAGGGCUCGCCCAACUUCUGCGAGCCGAACCCGGAGACGGGCUCGUUCGGGACGCGCGACCGAGUCUGCAACGUGUCGUCGCACGGCAUCGAGGGCUGUGACCUGCUGUGCUGCGGCCGAGGCCACAACACCCGAACUGAGAAACGCAAAGAGAAGUGCCACUGCAUCUUCCACUGGUGCUGCUACGUCAGCUGUCAGGAGUGCGUUCGCGUCUACGACGUGCACACAUGCAAGUGAGAAGAGGUCUGAGCUUCUAGACAAACUGACUGCUGGACCUUCGACUCCCCACCUCCUGCACGACUUCCCUGCUUCCCCAGACACAUGACUUGCACACACUCUGAAAUAUAUUCAUCCGCACACACUCUCGGGCCCUAAUGGGUAAUGGAACAUCAGAAAUGGAUACUUCUAUACAUUUUUUCGUACACACCCUGCACUAGAAUCCAAACCACUACGCCGAUUUCCAUAAUCUCUGACCAGAAUGUGUCCUGCGUUGACCCGACUGGUAGUCCGGUCCACUGUUACGGGAAGAAGUUGUGCCACUUACCCCCACCGGUGAGAACCCCUUCCCCCCCUUCCCCAUUUUGUCUUUAUUUAUUUCCCCCCUCCAUGCCAGCACAAUGUUUGUGGCAUGUACAGUAACACUUUUUACCUGUGAGAUUAAUGCAGUAAAAAAAAAAAAAAGAAGAACAAAACAAACAAAAAAAAAAAAACGAGACUCUCUUUGCUUUUGAAUAAAAAGCAUCUUCUAACUAACACCUCACUUCUCCGGCCAGUCUGGCUGGUUUACCUUUUGUUGUUGUCGUUUAUUUUUUUUUUUUAAACUAAACCAAC